AUGCCUUUUAAGUUCUCGAAAAUACACCUCUAUGCCCUUGAAUCCGCGAAGAUUACAGCUUGUGUCAUAGGUGGUGUAGUUUGUUGCAUCCCAUUAGCAUCAAUCUACGGCGGCAAAUGUCUGAGCCUAAUAGCCCACUCUGGCAUCAAAUCUCGCAUCAGAGAAGCGAAGUCCCGGAAAAUGAUCAAAAGCUCUCGUCCCAAAAGCUUCCGCGCCUUCAAAAUGUUCAAGUUUCUACCCAAAGAACUACAAUUAGCCAUCUGGAAGUACGCACUCGAUGAUAUCGAGCCUCGAACCGUUAAACUCAAAUUAUAUUGGUGGCAAUACAAAGUGAAUCGGCCUGAAGUUCGAGAAUUUCUAGGUUCUAUCCUUACUGCACGACAUGAAUACAAAGCCAAUAUUCCGGCUUUGCUUUAUAUCUGUCAUGAUUCACGAGAAAUCGCCCAAAAGAGAUACAAGCUUAGCUUUGGAAAUUACUGCAAGGGCGACCUGUGUACUUUGAUAUCGAACAGGAUACUCUUUGGGUUGUGGGACGGGACCACUGUCAAGGUUUUCCACUUCGAUUGUUGA